UCUUUGGAAUGAGCCAGUUAUUGUUAUAAAACAUUCACUGACCUAUAAUACACACGUAACGUGACAAAAUGUUUUGAUACGUAAUUAUUUUGAUAGUAAAGAAAACCUCACGCAGUUGUUAAUGUCUGUUAGCAUAUUAGCAUAAUGUUGCUACGGAAGUAGACUCUGGAGCGCUGUCAAAAGUGCACGCAGUCAGCUCUGCUCUGUCAGUCAGUCAGAGAGACUGGUGCAGGUAUCAUCUCAUCUAACUCCUCCACUGUUGCUGCUGUAACCAUGGCCCGUGUCGAAACAUCAUCCAGCAGACCCUACCAUCUCAUUAUCUUCGGAGCCUCCGGAUUCACGGGACAGUUCGUGGUGGAGGAGGUGGCCCGGGUCGCAUCCGAGGGUCCAAACGGGAACCUGAAGUGGGCGGUGGCCGGCAGGAGCAAGCAGAAGCUGGAGAAAGUUCUGGAGCAGGCGGCCGCAGAACUCAGUAAGCCUGAGCUGAGGUCAGUGGACGUCAUUGUGGCAGAUGUGGGAGAAGCAGGCUCUCUUGCAGCCAUGUGCAAACAGGCUGUGAUUGUUCUCAACUGUGUAGGGCCUUACAGGUUUUUUGGUGAGCAAAUGGUGAAGGCCUGUGUGGAGAAUGGAGCCCACCACAUUGACAUCAGUGGAGAGCCUCAGUUCUUGGAGGGCAUGCAGUUGAACUACGACAGCCAGGCAGCUGAACAAGGUGUGUACGUCAUAGGGAGCUGCGGAUUCGACUCCAUUCCUGCCGACAUGGGAGUCCUCUUCACCAGGGACCAGUUCAAGGGCACCCUGACUGCAGUGGAGAGCUUCCUGACUUUCGGCGCAGGAGAAGAUGGAGGAUGUCUCCAUGACGGCACGUGGCAGUCAGCUGUCCAUAGUUUUUCUGAGGGCCAUGAGCUCCAGACUCUCAGGAGGAAGUUCAAUCACAAACCCCUCCCCACUGUUGGCUCCAAGAUUAAACGCAGGGGGAACUUGUUCUUCAGUAAUGAGGUCCAGCAGUACUCUGUGCCCUUCCUGGGCUCCGACCCCUCCGUUGUGAAGAGAACUCAGCGCUUCCUGCUGGAGGAACAUCACGACAAGCCGGUUCAGUAUGGAGCGUAUGUGGGAAUCGGAGGAAUUGGCAACGUUUUCAAGUUGCUGUUUGGGGGCCUGCUAUUCUGGCUCUUUGUCAAGUUCAGUUUUGGACGCAAACUGCUCCUCAAGCACCCAGAGUUCUUCUCCUUUGGAGUCUUCUCCAUGGACGGACCGACUAGAAAGCAGAUGAAGGAUUCAACCUUCCAGUUUGAAUUCUUUGGAGAGGGCUACACGGAGGGGCAGGAUCCCUCCCAGGGAGAACCCAACGGCAAGAUCCGCACUCUGGUGAAGGGGCCAGAGUGUGCAUAUGUGGCCACGCCCAUCGUCAUGGUGCAGUCGGCCCUCACAAUGCUCAACGAACCCACAGCCCUGCCCAAGAAGGGAGGGGUCUACACUCCAGCAGCUCUUUUUGCAAAAACCACCCUGACGGACCGCCUCCACAAACACGGGAUCGAGUUUACUGUCCUCUAAAGUUUGUCCCCUCCCUGAUGCCAUACUCCAGGUUUUUGUCAGCACUUACUAAUACUUACAAUAUACUAAUAAUAAAUGGAACGCUUCCUACUUUUAUAAGAGGGCUAUUUAAUCGCGAUAGCUUUAUGGAGUGCACUUUCAGAUUAAGCUCAAACAGCAUUUUUGAUUGCAUUUUCUGCAUUUAUAAUUUCUUUAUUUAAUCAGAUACUUGCUGGUGUCUCUUUGGCUUGAAUGUACUAUUGACCCUCUGCUUGAAAGACAAAAGGUGCAGCAGCCAAGCACAACAAUUAUUCAACAAUGCACAACAGCUGCGUGUGAACAGGUUUAACACGGCUAUGCUCUAACAUGAUUAUUGUCCAUGAAGUUUGUUCAGGUUCGCUGUGUGUCAUUUCAAUUCAUCUUUUUACCUAAUUGGACAAAACAUGUUUACUACUAGUCUUGCUCUACUACUGUACACUGUCAGGUGAUACAAGUGAAAACAUUUAGAUUGCCUAUUUAUCAUACCAAAGAUCAGUUAGUGAAAUAUUGUACUGACAAAUAUGAAAUUAUGAUCCAACAAUGUUUACAUCAAAUUGUUAAAAUUCUAAUAAUGGUGUGUCCACAUCUUCUGCAUAAUAACAGAAUCUCCUAAAGGAUGCAGCUUUUAUGAUAUUUACCUACUUAUACGUGGCAACAAAUCUCACAUUCUCUCAACUGUUUCAUCAAAGAGGAACGUUGCCAAUUGUCAUUACCCACAGAGUAGUGUAAAGCUAUCUACUGUGUGUAUGUGUGUGUCGGUGUGUGUGCAUGUGUGUCCUUGCCUUUCCUGGCCUGUUAGCCUGAUUGCUUUGUUUUUGACAGUUAAUAGUUUGAUAAUGGCUAAAUCAUCAUACUUUUUCAAUCUUUCUACAGUUUGUUUGUAUCUGAAUGCUGCAAUGGUUCACCAUUACGAACUUGUGUUUGAGCCUUGACAUAAAAUGCAUCCAGGCAGUUUGUGCACGAGACGGCACUGUUUACUCCAAUGGACUGAAAGUAUCCUGUCUGAUGUUUUGUUAACAUGUUUGUGGGGGGGGGUUUUAUCCACAAAACUUUCAGUACUUAUUUUUCCAUUUUUGAUUAUGAUUAGGUUUUGUUUGGUUGUGCUGCGCUUUGUUUCGGCCUCACAAAUAAAAUCAUCUCUGCAAAAAAAAAA